ACAAAGCAAAAUUACCGUCGUGGACAACUGGUUUGAAAAGUUGUCAAUCCCGUCCACAUUUCCGCUACGUGCACCCCCUCCACCUCCAAUCCCUCCCAUUCCCAACCACUUGCUUUUCCAGCUGCUUUGAGGUCAGUCAGAAUCCGUGAAACUGUCCGGCUAACAGACACACUGACGCGAGGAAAGGGUGCAGAAAAUCACGCUAACCCUGUGUAACAUGUCAUUAUGCUGCCCGGAUCCGUCGGCGGAUGACUAAAAGACAGCUCGGAGGGCUGGAUUGCCUCUUGCUGGAACAAGCCGUGGACAUUUGCCCAAGGAAAGGGUUACUUGUUCGGGAGGAAACUCUUCCCGUGCGCGCUGUGUUUUGAUCGCGCUGAAGGCGGAAUUACAUUCGGGAUCGUUGGAAACUCGGACGAUGAACAUUUGCGGCGUUCGGCUUUUGGGAUUUUCAGCCUGAGCAACUUAAAUAUCUCUGGGAUGCACUGGCCGCUGUAGGGCGACCUGGAAAUUGGAAAAGCCCCCACAGAAACCAGUUUGCAAACAUUCUCCUAACUGAACUGUUGAUAUUUCUAAACGCUUUUGAAAAUGUCGAAUCCGCCCGUGAAGUUCAAAAAGGAUAAAGAGAUCAUUACAGAGUACGAGACUCAAGUCAAAGAGAUUCGAGCCCAACUGGUGGAACAGCAGAAAUGUCUGGAACAGCAGACGGAUAUGAGGGUCCAGCUCCUUCAGGACCUCCAAGACUUCUUCCGCAAAAAGUCCGAAAUCGAGAUGGAGUACUCGCGCAACCUGGAGAAGCUCGCCGAACGCUUCAUGGCCAAGACCAGGAGUACUAAGGACCAUCAGCAGUAUAAGAAAGACCAGAAUCUCCUGUCUCCGGUCAACUGCUGGUACCUGUUGCUGAACCAGGUUCGACGGGAAAGCAAAGACCAUGCGACACUGAGCGACAUUUAUCUGAACAACGUCAUCAUGCGCUUCAUGCAGAUUAGUGAAGACUCCACGCGACUUCUGAAAAAGAGUAAAGAAAUCACCUUUCAGCUGCAAGAGGAUUUGAUGAAAGUCCUCAACGAGCUCUACACGGUGAUGAAAACCUACCAUAUGUAUCACACGGAGAGCAUCAGUGCCGAAAGUAAACUGAAGGAGGCUGAGAAGCAGGAGGAAAAGCAGAUCGGACGUGUUGGAGAUCCCGUCUUUCACAUCCGACUAGAGGAUAGACAUCAGAGACGGAGCUCUGUUAAGAAGAUUGAGAAGAUGAAGGAGAAGAGGCAGGCCAAGUACUCGGAGAACAAGCUGAAGUCGAUCAAAGCUCGGAACGAAUACCUGCUGACGCUCGAAGCCACCAAUGCUUCAAUCUUCAAGUAUUACAUUCACGACUUGUCUGAUUUAAUAGACUGUUGUGAUCUGGGAUAUCACGCCUCUCUGAACCGGGCUUUGCGGACCUACCUCUCGGCCGAAUAUAACCUGGAGACGUCUCGUCACGAGGGCCUGGACAUCAUUGAGAACGCGGUGGACAGUCUGGACCCCCGUAGUGACCGCCAGCGCUUCAUGGAAAUGUACCCUACCGCCUUCUGCCCGCCCGUCAAAUUUGAGUUUCAGCCACAUAUGGGAGAUGAGGUGUGUCAGAUCACGGCCCAGCCUCCAGUGCAGGCAGAACUCCUCCUGAGGUUCCAGCAGCUUCAAUCCCGCCUGGCCACUCUAAAGAUUGAGAACGAAGAGAUCAAGAAGACAUCAGAGGCCACUCUCACUACAAUCCAGGACAUGGUGACCAUUGAGGAUUAUGACGUGUCUGAAUGUUUCCAUCACAGCCGCUCCACUGAAUCGGUCAAGUCCACCGUGUCGGAAACCUACCUCAGCAAGCCAAGCAUCGCUAAGAGACGCGCCAACCAACAGGAGACGGAGCAGUUCUAUUUUAUGAAGUUCCGCGAGUAUCUGGAGGGCAGCAAUCUCAUCACGAAGCUUCAGGCAAAGCAUGAUCUACUGAAGAGGACCCUCGGUGAUGGUUACCGGCCUGAGUAUGCAACUACAAGGCCUCCCAGUCUUCCUCCUAAACCGUUUGGCACACAGAGGCCCAGGCCACGCUCUGUAUUUAACGUUAAGCUGUUUAAUGGCAAUUUGGAGUCAUUUGUUAAGGACUCUGGACAAGCAAUACCAAGAGUUGUUGAGAGCUGUAUUCGAUUCAUCAACCUGUAUGGCCUUCAGCAUCAAGGAAUAUUCAGAGUGUCUGGAUCUCAAGUUGAAGUCAAUGAUAUCAAGAACUCUUUUGAGAGAGGUAAUGAUCCCUUGACAGACGAAGAGAAUAACCACGAUAUAAACUCCGUUGCGGGAGUAUUGAAACUCUACUUUCGAGGUUUGGAGAACCCUCUGUUUCCAAAGGAAAGAUUCAAUGAUCUCAUCUCCUGCGUCAGAAUAGACAAUCUGUAUGAGAGAGCGCUGUACAUUCGAAAGAUCCUUCUGACUGUACCCAGAUCAGUGCUCGUGGUCAUGCGAUAUCUGUUCGCCUUCCUCAACCACUUGUCCCAGUACAGCGAUGAAAAUAUGAUGGACCCCUAUAACCUAGCCAUCUGCUUCGGCCCCACCCUCAUGCCCACUCCAGAAACUCAGGACCAGGUUUCUUGCCAGGCCCAUGUCAAUGAGGUCAUCAAAACCAUCAUCAUCCACCACGAGACCAUCUUCCCCGACGCGAAGGAGCUUGACGGCCCCAUGUACGAGAAGUGUAUGGCAGGCGGAGACUAUUGUGAGAGUCCAUACAGUGAACAUGGGGCUCUUGAGGAGGUCGAUCAGGAUGGAGGAGCGGAGACCCACACCAGUGAAGAUGAGGGGGAGCCCAUUGAAGCCAUUGCAAAAUUUGAUUAUGUGGGUCGGUCUGCACGGGAGCUGUCCUUUAAGAAGGGUGCAUCUCUACUGCUGUACCAGAGAGCGUCGGAUGACUGGUGGGAGGGCAGACACAAUGGCAUAGACGGCCUAGUGCCUCAUCAGUACAUUGUUGUACAGGAUAUGGAUGACACAUUCUCUGACACACUGAGCCAGAAGGCAGACAGCGAAGCCAGCAGUGGCCACGGAGGAGAUGAGAAAUGCUCCAGCAGAGACAUCGGAUCUCCGUCAGACAGCCGCCUACCUGAUUCCUACAUCAGCAGCAGGCACAGGAAGAGAAGUGACCCCCCGACCCGCAGGCCUCCAGCUCGCCCCACUGACACCCACUGCUUGGUCCAUCCCUCCCAGAGCCACCACGGCAACCACAGCAGCCACGGUAGUCACGGCAACCCAGAUUUGGGAUCCCCGGUGAUGGGCCACUACAGCCCGAGGGACCUGCUGAGAGGGAGAGGACACGUGCCCAUAAAUAGUCCCGAGAGACGUCGACGGACUGGCCACGGCAGCCUGACCAACAUCAGCCGGCACGAGUCCUUGAAAAAGAUGGAGAGCCCUCCCAUCCGCAGGUCCACGUCUUCAGGCCAGUACACAAGCUUCUCCGAGCCUCACGGCAAAAGCCUGGAUCCAGAGAGCAUCGCACAGGACAUAGAGGAGACGAUGAACACUGCUCUAAAUGAGCUGAAGGAGCUCGAGCGGCAAAGUUCUGCUAAACACGCCCCUGACGUGGUGCUGGACACCCUGGAGCAGAUGAAGAACGCUCCCACACCGGCCAGCUCCACCGAGUCCCUCAGCCAACUCCACGGCCUCCUGCUGCGGCCCGCCGUCGCGGAGCCGCCCAUGCGCCGCAGCACCAGCUCCUCCAGCGAUACCAUGAGCACCUUCAAGCCCGCCGUGGCCCCGCGCAUGGGGGUGCAACUCAAGCCCCCCGCCCUGCGGCCCAAACCCAUGGUGGCGUUACCCAAGACGGGAGCGGCGCAGCAUCCGGCAGCUCCUCCGCAGGAUCCACUGGACAAAUCCUGCACCAUGUGAUUCAUUGUGGACGAAACAUUCAGGGACGACAAAGAUUAAGACCACUGCUGUCAGAGCCAGAUUUAUAGUGGAUUUUAAUGCCAAUGAACAUGGUGACGUGUGGUUCUUUAUUUUGCAACAUCUCAUUCAGAGAGUGGACUAUAGAUACUAGAAAUACGGCGACGAUAGUUAGCGUGUAUAAAAUUCCAACACUAUUAUAGGGAUUAUAAAUAAACUAGAAUAACGUCAGUCACUAAGCAUGGUUCUGAGGAAGAGUAGAGUUAGAUAAACAGGUGUUUACUAUUUCAGAGAGUUCCAAUUUAAACAUUUUUAGAUAUUCUAGACACCUGCAGCUAACGGGAAAGCAGUUAAUUUGUAUCCCAAAACUGUUUGCAUGCUUGUCUGACACCUUAUUUUUUUCCCGCAAUAUUCUGUGUGAUAGAUUAAGGAGUUGUGACGAUAAUAUUAAAGAAAGCAACAAAUCACUACAGCUUCCUACGGUAUGUUGUUAGGGUGACUUUUUAUAUACAGUAUCAGUAGUUUACAUCCACUAGAAAAACUGCUAAAUGUGAAUAAUACAGAAACUAAGCAGAGUCCUUGGUUUCUCUGUUUACAGCAUAAGGAUUGUGGGAAAUGCGUCUCUUAACAUCUCAGAUUGUUUUUGAAAUGAUGUGUGGAAUGUUGACGUUGGAAGCGCACUGCCAUAUAAGGGCAUGUGAUGUCACAUCGUCUGCCCAUCCCGAUUGGCUGUCGACGUUAAGAGCAUUCUAAGUUGUAUCAGCGAGGCUUUACUUUGAAUAUUAUAUUUUUGAUAGUAAUAUUUGAAUAUAUGCCCAGGGAGUUUGUGUAAACCACAUCUGCUUAUGUUGAAGAAGCUUUUUUUCACUUGAUUUCUUAUUUAGAAAGAUAGAAAUAUAUAUUGUGUAUAUAAAUGUACAUCCACUAAACUUUUUUUUUUUGUCUUUAGGUUCAUUACUUUCUCCCAGGAACCAACUGCUUACUAUAAACGAUAUUUUUGUAGUAUAUAUCUGCUUAAUUAGAUGUAAUCUGCUGUGAAUUAUGGAAACACGUUUCCGCCACUGAAUAAAAAAAGGUCAUUUUGAUCUUUUAUCUCACAAUUCUGCCUUUUUCUCGCAGUUGCGAGUUCACAUCUUGCAGUUCUGACUUUUUUUCUCAGAAUUUUAAAAUAUAAAUUUGCAAAUCUGAAAAAUGUGUGAUAUAAACUCGCAAUUGUGUUUUAAAGCCAGAAUUGUGAGACAUAAACUCAAAGGUAUUGACCUUUUUUUUUCCCCUUAAAAUUGCGAGUUUAUAUUUUGCAGUUCUGACUUUAUAACUUAGUUGCGAGUUUAUAUCGUGCAGUCCGCCUUGUAACUCACCAUUGUGAGUUUAUAUUGUGCAAUUCUGAGUAAAAAAAAAAAAGCCAGAAUUGUGACUUUAAAUCUUGCAAUUCUGACUUUAUUACUCGCAAUUGCGAGUUUAUACCAUGCAAUUGUGAUUUAUAACUUGGAAUUGAGUUUAUAUCACACAAUUCUGAGGAAAAAAGUCAGAAUUGUGACUUUAAAUCUAGCAAUUCUGACUAUAGUUCGCAGUUGUGAGUUUACAUUGCACAUUUCUGACCUUGUAACUCGCCAUCGCGAGUUAAUGUUGCACAAUUAUGUGGAAAAAGUCAGAUUAAAUCUCACAAUUCUGACUUUAACUCAAAAUUAUGUAUCACGCAGUUCUGAGGAAAAAAGUCAAAAUUGUGACUAUAUCUCGCAAUUCUGAUUAUAACUCGCAAUUUUGAGUUUACAUUACACAAUUUUGACUGUAAGUCGCAGUUGCGAGUUUAUAUCGCACAAUUUGGACUUUGUGACUCACAAUUGUGAGUUUAUAUCACGCAAUUCUGAUUAUAACUUGCAAUUGCGAUCUUACAUCGCACAGUUCAGACUUUAUAACGUAUAGUUGUUUAUAUUGUGCAAUUCUGACAUUGUAACUGCCAACUGCAAGUUUAUAUUGCCCAGUUCUGAGGAAAAGGCAGAACUGACUUUAAAUCUUACAAUUCUGACUUUAUAACUUGCAAUUGUGAGUUUAUAUUACGCAAUUCUGAGGAAAAAAGUCGGAAUUGACUGUAUCUUGCAGUUCUGAUAUUAUAAUUCGCAAUUGCGAGUUUAUAUUGCGCAGUUCUGACCUUGUAAUUUGCCAUUGCAAGUUUAUAUCGCACAAUUCUGACUUUAUAACUGACAAUUGUGAGUUUAUAUUGUGCAAUUCUGAGGAAAAGUCAGAAUUGACUUUACAUCUUGCAAUUCUGACUUUAUAACUCGCAAUUGCAAGUUUAUAUUGCGCAAUUCUGACUUUAUAACUUACAAUUGUGAGUUUAUAUAACACUAUUCUAAGGAAAAAAGUCAGAAUUGUGACUAUAGUUCUCGCAGUUCUGACUUUAUAACUCAUGAGUAUAAUUGCGAGUUUGUAUUGCGCAAUUUUGACUACAACUCGCAACUGCGAGUUUAUAUCACGCAAAAAAGUCCGAAUUCCGAGUUUAUCAUGCAAUUCCAAGAAAAAGUCUGAAUUGUGAGAUAUAAAGUCGCAAUAUAAUUUCUUUAUUUUUUAUUCAGUGGCAGAAACGGGCUUCCAUAGUGAAUAGUCAAGUCUAGCUGCCAAAAAAAAGUAAAGUUCUUCAAGUGCUGCUUAGAGAUCGAUCCUUGUCAGCUUAGCUGUCUAAAACGCUCGGCUUGGUUCUGUCCUAUAAGCAUGAACGAUAAUCCUUUUAGUUGUCAUAUGCAAGUACUUUUUUAGAAACCUUUGAGGCAAUAUUUCUUGUUGGUUCGCCAAACAAGGGAAUGAUGCCAAUAGCCAUGGACUCAGAGACUGUUACUGCAGCGCUUUCGUGAUAUAGUGCUGUUUCUUAUGUGUGCUAGAGGCCCAUUAACCCUUCGUGCUAACGUCACACGCAGCACCGCACCCAAAUUCCAAGUCAGUCACGCGAGGUACCCAAAGAUAAAGUUAGAGUUAUGUACAGCGCCAUCAGUCACAUGUAUUUGCACUCCAAAAUUAAAUCUGGGAUUUCAUGUACAGUAUAUCAAUUUGAUCUUAUCUGUGCAUUGACAUUCACAUUGUUAUGACAGUUUGACAAUAGCUUAACGUGUGUGUGUGUGAUUGUACUGUAUUCACUGAUAAUUAUACAACAGUUUACUCAUGUUUAGGUAGGAUAUGCUAUGAAAUGUUUGGGUGAUGUUACGAAAUCCAUCGCUGAACCAACGCGACAAACUGUACCUAACUUUAAGAAAAUUAUAAGCAAUGGUUGUUUUUAAACAUGUAAUUAUAAGGAACAUACUAAAGCCUUUUGAUUACCGAUUUCUAUUACGAACGAAGUGUUUUUUUCUUUUAUUUUUUAAGAGUGUACAUUAAGCCUUGAGAAAUGUUCUCCCUGCAGAACUACACACAGUAGCAGAAUCUCUGUACUUAAUUGCUGUUCUAUCAGUGUGUCCAUGUACAUCUCUGUACUGUGUACUUGUGAAAGUGCCUUUAAAAACUGUUUUAGAGGAACUUCAUCCAAACGUCCUCUGUGCCGUGGCAUUCUUAUUUCAGAUCCGGUGUACCGAGUUGCUAGGGAUUAUGGUAAAUAAGUUAUUACUAACGUUGUUCUGUUUAUUAAGUUGUAUAAGAAUGAUCAAAUAAUAAAGAUACUGCUUAUCCAUUGUGACAUUGCACUUUUAUGUGAGACUGUAUAUUUGGCAUGUAACAUCCUAACAAGUUGUAGAGCUCUUGGAGGACUGCUCCGUCUUUCUAAUAAAGAACAUAGUUUGGUCAGUUCA